AGACUCGUUUCUCCCGGAAGUGGGUGGUUAAGUCGCCACUCGGUCACUGCUGGCUAACGAGCGAUCGCUGUGAUGAAGGAGAGUCGGGGACAUUCUUGGGGCUGACAAAUAUCCGACGACACAGCUGUGAAAUUUCAUUUUUUUAAUCAAUUAGUUGCGGUAUACCCGCAGAAAUCGACCACAAACGCUCACAAAAAAGGCUCAUACACCCUGCCGCCAAGAUGAUGGAAGAAAUUGACAGAUUUCAAGUGCCGACCGAGGCAGAGAUGCAGCCUUUUCAGGAUCCAGCAUCAUCGACUACAUCAGAGGCAGACUCAGAUACCAGGGAGAGUGAACCUGCCACCCUCAACUAUAAACCUUCUCCUCUCCAUAUGAAGAUAGACAAACAGAGAGAGUUGGUUAGGAAAGGAUCACUGAAAAAUGGCAAUGCUGGAAGCCCUGUCAAUCAGCAACCCAAGAAAAAUAAUGUGAUGGCCAGAACAAGGCUAGUGGUUCCCAAUAAAGGCUACUCUUCUUUAGACCAGAGUCCAGAUGAGAAACCUUUAGUUGCUCUAGACACAGACAGCGAUGACGACUUUGACAUGUCUAGAUAUUCCUCAUCAGGAUAUUCGUCAGCCGAGGUGAGGUCUCUAAGGGAACAGCAGAUAAACCAGGAUCUGAACAUCCAGCUACUGAAAGAUGGCUACAGGCUGGAUGAGAUCCCUGAUGAUGAAGACCUGGACCUCAUACCACCCAAAUCCGUUAACUCAACUUGCAUGUGCUGCCAAGCCACCUCCUCCACUGCUUGUCAAAUCCAGUAAAUCUGUCAUCUUUUCUGCUCCCUGUGCUCCCUCUUUCUCUUUUCCUCCAUCAUUUCCUUUCAUAACCUCAGAUAAGACAUCUAAUCAAUAUUACAGAGGGAAAUGUACAGUAAAUGUUAUGAUGAACAUGGUGUACAGGAAAAUGUGAACACAUACACACACACAAAACACAUUACAUGUGCUAAUACACACAUAUAGACACAUUUACACUUAACAUAUGAUUAUUAACAUGACUAUUAUUGGUUGCUUCCUCCUAUGGCAGGAUUUGCUAAUAUGCUAGGAGAGUCUGCUCACUUUCACCUAGCUCCUAGCUGCAUUGUGUUACACUGUACAAGUGAAAAGUAGAACAAACAAAGCAUUCGGAUGGCUUUAGUUGUGAAUUAAAAACAACUUGAUGUUACAGAGAGUUUGAAAUAGCUUAUCCACUGAAUUCUCUGCUUUCAUGUUGCACUCAUUGCAUUAACGUUGUCGUUAUGGUAAGAUUUGAUUUCCGUAUGGAUCUGGUUGGAUGUUUAUUGUUUGUGGCUGCUGUUGAGGCUCUACUUGGAUUCAUUUCUGUUGAACAUUUUGCAUGUUGGUGCAUUCGUACUGCAGAGCUAACAAUAGCCUUGUCCGGCAUGCACCUGGCCAUCACACUUUUUGUUUACUCUUGAUAUCUCACAUGUAUUUAAUUGAAUCACGUUUGAAGCUACGCUGGAUUUGAGAUGCGAUUGAGUCAUGAACGAAAAGAAAAACAGCAACCCUUUUUUAUUUGAUUGGUCAAAGUCUAGAUAUCUGUUAUUUUCACAGUAACCUCUCAACAGACCGCAGAUGAUAAAAUCAUUACAUGAAGACCUUUCAGUCUCAGAAAGCAGUUUUUCAAAGGUCAGAAAUCAGUGGGUAUGAUUUAAUAACUGUUAUGACAUGACGUUUAAUUUCUUGGAUGGAAUGUCCAAACAUUUAAAAUAUUUAAAUUUCUUGUAAGCGUUCUUAUUGUUUUAUUCUGGAAGAUGUUCAGAUUUCAAAGACUUGAAGGCACCAAAGAAUGUUUAUGUUCCUUGUUGGAAUCUAUGUCCAUUUUAAUUUAGCAUUUUAUAUGCAUACCACCGAUCAGGAUAUAUCACUGAAUUUCAUGAAAAUGCUGUUUAAAAGCACUGUUGGUCUUUGGAACUAAACCUAGAAUGUUAUUGUUUCUAAAUUGAUCAAAUUCCCGGCCUAUCUUGACAUUUAUUAUUGUUAUUAUUAAUAAUGAUUCAAGCUCUCAAUGAUAAACCUGCACUGUUCAUCUACACGACAUCCUUUUACAGAUUUUUCCCUUCCAUUCAGCUUUGAAAGCCAAACACAUUUUAUGUGUUAUCUUUACACUCUGCUGUCUUGAUCAAGAAACAUUUUUCAUUCGAACUGCUCAAAUUCACUUUUUAGUGCGUUCUAACUAUGACUAAAAUAGUGUAAUGACCUGAUGUAUUCAAUUCAAAGCGUAAUCAAAGGUGAGCGUUUGUUGGACAAAAGCUGUGUUUUUAUGUUAUAAAUAUGUUAAUUAUGUGAGAAAGUCCAUUUAUGUAUUAACAAUGUUGUUAUUGGUUUCAGUGAUAUCAAUAAAAGCAGACCUGAAUUACA